UGAGAUAUGGGAUUUCAGUGUUUGUGUGGUUCAAGAAUCAAAUAAAAAUUUAAUAGUUUAUUGUGAUGUUCAAUUAAAUUCAUCAAAAGUGAAACAGUGUCAUCAUUAAGUUUUUACGUGGAAAUUAUAUUCGGAUUUAUGUGUGAAGCUAACAGUUUUGAAAUUAAUAAAAACGUGUCAAAAAGUUUAUUGGAUAUUUUUGAUAAUUUUCUGGAAAAUGAAAAUUUCGAAAAUGAAUCAUCGCAACCUAACGAUAAAACGAGCGAAGUUCGAGGUUUAAACAAUGCAAGUUAUGCCCUUGCUUGUAAAUUAAGUCCGAGAUAUAACAUUGUAUGUAACGAAAGCCUCGAACAAUUUAGUCUUUCUUUAUCAACAACGUCAUCUUUAAGUGAUAAAGUUUUCCUGUCGUCAGAGGAUCUGAAACCGUGUUCAUCAGAAUUUUUUUCGCGUGAUUCUCCCAAAAUGGAUUGCUACGAAACAGGACAAUUUGUGGAAAUGCGUCAUAGCAGGAAGUUUAACAAUCGGGAUGCUUGUAUAAGUUUAGAUUUGUAUCCAAGAGAUAAAAUGCACCAGACGAAACGAAAUAAAUCAUUAAAUGAUGGAGAUUAUUUAAAAUUCAUUUUCGAUUUUAGACAUCAAAAUGUAAUUGAUAACAAAGACGAACCUUUAUAUGAACAACUGUGGAAGUGUCGAACAGAAACCUUACUUUCACCCCAUAUUAGAUUAAAUAGUGAAUGGUUAGAUUCUUUCUCGAAUAUACCGAAUGUAAUUGUUGAAGAACCAAAAUUAGAGCAAGUUAAAUGUACAACUGUACCAAAUAACUCUUCCUCCCGUAAUAAGUAUAGUGAUAUCAAUAUGAAUGACUUUGUUCGAAAAUUUAAUGAAAACCGUUCGUCCGAUAUAUUUGAGGAUGUAAUCGCUUGGAAAAAAAUGCUGAAAUGUACAGAUUAUAUAGAAGAUGAAGAGCAUGAGUGGAUGGUAAUUGAUCCGGAAUUAGUGGAAGAACAGAAAGGAAAGUCAACUUCGCAAGAAUUGGUUGUGCCAAAACUAGUAUCUUUUAAACCAAUUUCCGCUGCUAGCCAAGCGGCUUUCAGAAAUGAAUUGCAAGGACGACUGGUAGAGAUGCAUCAGCCAAGCACAUCGACAGCAAAUGAUGAUGUCGUGUGUUUGAGGUCAGAUGAAAACACACCUGCAGAUUUGACGCCACCACAACGAAGAGUGAUUAGCAGGUCGACUGAAUCUAUAUUCGAGGGCGCAGGACCGCAAUUAAGAACUUCAGUGAAGAAUGAUCGAAGAAAACUUAAAUCAGUUUUAGUUAUUCCACCUCAUAGUGGAUUGUCAUCAAAAGGGCCGAUUUCUUUGGAUGUGGAAAAGUCGGAUACCAAAUUGCCCGCGACGAAUACUACGGAUGAUGAUGUUAUAUCAAACAAAAAAGGGAAAUCGGAAAAUUUAGAUCGUGAACAGGCUAAGUUCAAUCUUCUCAAAUGGUUCAGAAAAAGGCCACCGAUGGAUACGUUGAUCAAAAAGGGCAUAAUUCAAGGAACAAUAUUUGGAGCAUCUUUAGAAUCUUUAUGCGUUGGUCUAGGGGCGCUAACUCCACAUGUUCCACCGUUCGUACGCGCCUGUACAGAGCGUUUAGAAAACACAGAGGGCUUUAUGGAAUCUGAUGGUUUAUAUAGGGCCAGUGCCAAUUUGAGUACCAUACAGCGUCUUCGAAUACAAGUGAAUCAAGGAAUAUUAGACGCAAUACGCGAAGAGGAAGAUCCUCACGUUAUAGCAGGAUCCUUAAAAUUAUUUUUCAGAGAAUUAAAAGAACCUUUAAUUCCUUUUAAUGCGUUCCACUCAUUCUUAGAAGCCAACGCUAUACCAGAUGAUAAUGAACGAGUAUUGCGACUACGUGAUCUAGUGCAUUGCCUGCCAAUUUGCAAUCGAGAUACGUUACAACAUUUAGUGGCGCACUUGAUACGCGUUACGGAAUGUAGCCAAGCCAACCGGAUGCAUGUGAACAAUUUGUCUAUUGUCUGGGGACCCUCACUUAUGUGGAUACCACCGGCAAGUGUUGCAGACGAUCAGCCGAACAAUGCGCCUAGAAGUCCGUCUGCGGUGUGUUUUGACUUAGCUAUACACUGCUUUGAACAGAACAGGGUCAUAGAUACAUUAAUCACUAAUCAUGAACAAAUAUUUUUAUAAUCUAGACCUAAGUUCGUUAAAAUUAAUAUAGAAUAGUAUAUAUAAAUAUCUAAGCAUGUGUGCAUGGUGAUAUUUUUCA